UCCCCCACUCUCCCCUCCUGAUCUUUGCUUGAGAAACAAAGAUUCCCCAUACAACAACUCUCGACCAUGGCAGCUCCCUCCACGAACCGCCUACGGCUCCUCUGCUCGUCCCGCCGAGUGGCCGCCGCCACCACCUCUCCCAGCAGCACAUUCCUCACCCGCAGCUACGCCACGACCGAGCCAUCCUCCGCCACGGACAGCACCACGACCACCACGACCCCCCGCCGGCGCACCACCUUCACGGACCGGCUGAACUCGGGCCCCUCGUUCUCCGACUUCGUCUCCGGGGACGCCGACCCGAUCGCGGACCCGAAUGAAGCAUACGCGCUGAAGACAGCGCUGGUCGGGCCGGCGGGCCGCAAGAAGGAGAUGACGCGGCUGCCGUCGUGGCUGAAGACGCCGAUCCCGGACUCGAAGAACUACCAGCGGCUGAAGAAGGACCUGCGGGGGCUGAACCUGCACACGGUGUGCGAGGAGGCGCGGUGCCCGAACAUCUCGGACUGCUGGGGGGGCGGCGACAAGGCGGCGGCGACGGCGACGAUCAUGCUGAUGGGCGACACGUGCACGCGCGGGUGCCGGUUCUGCAGCGUCAAGACGCUGCGCCGCCCGCCGCCGCUGGACCCGCACGAGCCCGAGAACACCGCCGAGGCCAUCAGCCGCUGGGGCUUGGGAUAUGUGGUGCUCACCAGCGUCGACCGCGACGACCUGGCCGACGGCGGCGCCCGCCACUUCGCCGAGACCGUCAUCAAGAUCAAGGCCAAGGCCCCCAGUAUCCUCGUCGAGUGUCUGACCGGCGACUACAUGGGCGACCUCGAGAUGGUCAAGCUCGUCGCCCGCUCCGGCUUGGAUGUCUACGCCCACAACGUCGAGACCGUCGAGGCCCUCACCCCCUUCGUCCGCGACCGCCGCGCCACCUUCCAGCAGAGUCUGCGCGUCCUCGACGCCGCGAAGCAGGCCCGUCCUGAUCUGAUCACCAAGACCUCGCUGAUGCUCGGCUUCGGCGAGACGGACGAGCAGAUCGCCGAUGCGCUGCGGCAGCUGCGCGGGGUCAAUGUGGACGUGGUCACGUUUGGGCAGUACAUGCGCCCCACCAAGAGGCAUAUGGCCGUCCAUGAGUACGUCACGCCCGAUCGGUUCGAGAUGUGGCGCCAGAAGGCCCUGGAGAUGGGCUUCUUGUACUGUGCCUCGGGCCCGUUGGUCCGCAGCAGUUAUAAGGCCGGUGAGGCGUUCAUCGAGAAUGUCCUGAAGAAGAGGCGCGCCGGCGGUACGGUGGGCGCCGAGUCCGUCGAGAAGAAGAUCCCCGUUGACGAGAUCGCGCGGUAAAAUCAUCAGCCCGCUUCCUCUCUCUCUUCUGUGUCUCGUUUUUCUCCUUCGUGUGCGUUGGUAUAUCGGUUUCACCUUUGGCGUAGGGUUAGCAUGAUUCGUUUCGGGCUCGGUUUUACAUUCUACUUGGUUUUCACGGGGUUUGUGCUGUGCUACUACUACUACUACUUUCUACAUAGACCCUAAAACUUCAAUCUCAAUCCCAGCUGAUCGGCUGAUGGGGUUGGCUGCUGGCAAUCAAACAUAAUUUCCAAACAUGUAUGUUCAUUUCAAUGAGAUAUGGUCAGCGUAUCAACAAGCUUUCAAA